AUGUCUGCUGAAUUGUUUUCUCUUAAGGGUAAAGUUGUCCUUAUCACUGGUGCUACCAAUGGUAUUGGCCAGUACAUGGCCGUAGGGCUAUAUGAGGCUGGGGCGGAGGUGAUUCUGACUCACCGUGACACCACGGAUCCCCAGCCAACAAUUGACUUGAUCAAAGCAAGUAACCCGGAAUCAGAAGCUAAGAUUUCUGUUAUAAAGGCAGAUUUCGAAAAGACAGCCCUGGAUAAGGUGUUUGAGACAAUUGUUGAGCCUGCCUAUAAGCUGUCAUCCUCCGGAAAAAUCGAUAUCCUCAUCAACAACGCUGGAACGGCCUCACGGGCUAAUCUGGAGGAUUUCGAGCAAUCUGAAUUUGACAGGCAGUUGCACGUGAACCUUAAUAUCCCCAUCAGACUCACCCAAGAGAUUGGAAGAGAUAUGAUUAAGCAGGGUACUCAUGGCAAAAUCAUUUUCACUGCAUCUCUGCUUUCAUUCCAGGGAGGAGUCCGUGUGGCUCCCUACACCACUUCGAAGGGAGGAAUUUUGCAAUUCAGCAAGGCUGCGGCUAAUGAGUGGGCUCCCAAGAAUAUCCAGGUUAACUCUAUUGCACCUGGUUGGAUCUCUUCUAAUAUGACGAACGAUCUCGAGACUGAUCCUAAGGCUAAUGCCGAUAUAGUCAACAGGAUUCCAGCAGGAAGAUGGGGUAAACCGGAGGAUCUGAAGGGAGCCACUGUUUUUCUCGCUUCGAGAGCUAGUGACUACAUCACCGGUGAGUGCAUCGUUGUUGAUGGAGGGUGGAUGGCCAGGUGA